CCCGCGGAAGGAGCUGGCGCGCUCGGGCGCUCCGUGCGUCUAGUGUCCCGGUCCCGCCGCCCCGACCCGCCGGUCUGCCCGCGUGCAGCGCGCCCCGCAGACGCCCGAGGUGCUCGGGUUGGGAGACUGAGACCCGGGGUCUGCAGCAGAGCUCGCGGUGGCACUUGCCAAGAUGCCCGUGAAGAAGGCGCGCAAGAACGCGCAGCCGAGCCCGACGCGGACUCGGGCAGAGAUCGAAGAAGAAUGUGUUCUUCAACUCAGGAGAAUCGGAGACAAACUGCAUUUCCAGCAGAAACUACUGAAUUUGAUAGUCAAACUUUUCCGCUCAGGAACCUGACUGACUGCAUCAAAAACUGCAUUGAGGAGACUCCUUCAAAAGGGAAGUUUCCCAAAGUAGGUACAAAUUUCAUCAAUUAGAAGACAGAUCUCACUGUAAUUGAAAGGAAUGAGGAGGAUUCAUUUGCUUUUGGAUGCUCUUGGAAAUGGAAGAUGGGAGUACAUCAAAAAUGAAUUUCUGGUGGAGGUUUCCCAGCUGUCAUUCUUUGGGAUAUGAGGACAUUAUAAAACCUUUGUUUAUUUGAAUGCAAGAAUGGAAGAACCUUGAAAAUAGGGGAGUAAUUACUGAUACAUUUCUUUUAUACUUAUAGAGUUAUUCUAGUAUUUUUUCUGAAGGUUACUGCUCAACCUGGUGUAAAAGGAGUUGACAAAUAAGAUUAAGACUGGAAGAAACAGUUCAGUGUUGUUUUUGGUUUUUAUAUUUUUAUUUUUUAUUUUUUUGCUUUUCAAUGUCAACUCCAGAGCAAUGUUUAUUGUUUAGUUUAUUAAUCUUGUUAAAAGAACAAAUUUCAUUCUGAGAACACUGAAUGUCAUAGUGAAUGUUUAUUUCAUAGGUCACUACAUAAUGUAAAAUAAGUUGAUAAUUUGUUACCUUUUAUUCAAAUUGUAUUGCUUCUAUUCCUAUUCCCUUUCAUUAAUGUGUUCCUGGGAGCAUCAAUUGGAAAGUAUGGAAAACUGGAAAAUAACUUGGAAAAAAUUGAAUUUUAUAGGAAGUAAAACUGUUGCAGAUAGAACAUUACAUGGUAAAAGAGCAUGUGGAUUUUGUAUAACCAGGGAAAAUGAAAAAGAUAAUCAUAGAAGUUGAGCUUUUAAGUGAUGUAAUUAAAACUUGGUAAGAAAAUAAAUGUGUUUCUAAAGAAGUUUCUAAAAAUUUGUAAAAUGCCCCUUUUCAUAUUAGUCUGUGCAUCUCCUAUGGAAAGUGAUCUUUUAAAAUAAAGAAUAUUUUCAUAAUUAGAAUAUACAUUUCUUAAAAAUGUGGGAAAGAUAUUUCUCAUCCCAGAAUGAAAAUCCCAUGUAUACAUACAUGAAUAUAUAUGUACACACACAUACAUACGUAAUAUGGAUAUCCAUACAGAUAAUUUGUAUUACAGUAUUAUGUAGAUUGUUAGAAGAGUUUCCUAAGUUUCAUUUUUUUUAAUAUGGGCUAUAAUCAAAGUCCUCAAAUACGUAAGAAAUAAUGUCAUGAUUGAAUUUCAGCAGGAAUAACUUUUAUUUAUUUUACAUAUUUAUAAUUAAAAUAUUUUUGUUUUGUUUGAACACGUAUUGAGGUUGCAUUUUUGAGUUAUGACACAAAGGUUUUAUAACUAUUUGAAUUUUUACAGUAAGAAUAUCUUAAUAUGGUCUGUGGUCACUUUUGAUGGAAAAUUACCUCACAUUUGCUUCUUCAGUAUUAAGGCUGUUUAUUUAGUUGGAAAGAUGUUUUUUUUCCUGCCUAGAGGUAGAUAUUUUGCCAUAUGGGUAUUUAUGGUCUGUAACUGUAUUUAAAUGUAUAUGCACAUGUGAAAGUCGAUAUGUUGGCAGUAUAAAACUAUUAAAAGUUAUCACCAUUC